AUGCGUCCGGGACGACCAGGGACGUUAAACGUAGUGAGUUGCGGAAUACCUGCGCUUCAUGCCAGCAGGCCGCCUCGUACGUUGCGCCCGGGUUACACCCCCCUGUCAACUACCCACACGGUCUUUGGACAGAAGCAGGCUACGGUGCCUGCUGUGCCGCGCCGCAGAAGCUUGCUUUCGACAGACCACGUGGCCUUCGGCACGAGUAAGUCGUUAACUUUUGAUAGACCAUUUAAAGGCCCCAUUAGCGUUUCGGGAUUUUUCUUGGCAGUGGACCCCAAUUUCGCGGCAGGGACACAAAGCCGAAUGAACCCAAAUGCACAAAUCACUGUACGUGACAGUGAGGGAAACAUGUCGCGCGUGCGUUACCGCUGUUACCUAGAGUCCGAUACAGGACUGAAACUAGAGGCACUUAUACGGCUCCAGGUCGGCUGGAUCUCACCAAAGGUGACUUUCUCCUUUAUUCCCUAUGUCAUCUACCUUGGAAAGGGCUUUGAUGUGAGCAUUCCGUUCCUUAUCCACUUCACCAUGGUGCCAGUAUUGGAUGAGCACGGGGACCACACGGGAAGCUUUCUCUACUUUAGCGGGACCCCCAUGCUUGGAUUCUCGGCAGGCCUUACCCAAAUUCAAAAAGGGAAGUUGGUGCUAAACCCAUCAAGGAAGGUGGAUCCCGUGGAGGAGUCCAAGCAGUUUGUUGGUAAUGUUCAUGUUCGACAAUUGGGCUUUGUCCUACUCAAAUGCCUCAUUUACGCGUUGUGUUUUCUCGCGUGCGUUCCAGCUUCGCAGCGCGUUCUUCAGUGCAUUCUGCCUGACCCUUUUCACCGACACAGUGAAAGCGCAGUUUGA